AUGUCCAAAAUGUCGAGCCAGGUCGAACCCACUAUCGUCACCGCCGUCGAGACUGCUCCUGUAGCCUCUUCCUCUUCCGAACUCUCUCCCUCAGACAACUCCCCUAUGCUCAGACGCGGCUCUCGUGCGGCCCCUCCAGAAGGUCUCAACUUGAGCCCCAAGAACAAACUCGCUCCUCCCACUGCCGAGAGACAGGACUUCCCAUCACCAGGUGCUGCUCCUGCAGGCCAACGCAUUUUUGACGCAAAUGCCGUCGCCGAGGACAGGGGUGUCGAGACCGUCCCUGGAGGCUGGGCCAAGGGUGUUGAACAACAAGACGUCGUGGCCGAGGAAUACGAGAAGCAGGACGACGCUUCACAAAAGUCAUCACCGAGUCUGAAGCAAAAGGUCAAGGACCUGCUUCAUCGCGACUAA